AUGUCGACGGUGAAUUCUAGCUCUUCUGUUUAUGAAAAUUUGAUGUUAAUUUUGAUAUUUCCAGGUCCACAUCUUGUAUUAAUUACAAAAAAAUCAAAAGUAGGUGAGAUUAAUGGUCAAUCAAUAUGGAGAGUAGAAGAUACUGAAACACAUGCAUAUGCACGAGCUUCAUUGCAUCUCACUGAAGAUCAGAAUCAAUAUGACAAACAGUACCUAUCGAUGAUACAAUCUUUUCUUCGGACUCCAUACUUUUAUUUUUCCACAUCUUAUGAUUUGAGUCACACAGUUCAACGAUUAUACAACACUAGUCCGGAUUUUCUUCAAAUGCCAUUGUUUGAAAGAGGGGAUCAAAGAUUUAUUUGGAAUCAUUAUCUAAUGAGGGACCUUUUAGCACAGCAAGAGUUACAUCGAUACUGGCUGCCGGUAAUUCAUGGCUUUAUAUGUAUAAAGCAAUGUAUUAUUAACCAACAUUCUUUUUCAUGGAUAUUAAUAUCAAGGAGAAGUUGCUAUCGUGCAGGAACACGUUUAUUUAUGCGAGGCGUUGAUACAGAAGGACACGUGGCUAAUUACAUUGAAACGGAACAGAUUGUAGAAUACGAUGGUUGCAAAAGUUCAUUUGUACAGACAAGAGGUUCUAUUCCAUUGUUUUGGAGUCAACUUCCAGAUCUUAGGUACAAGCCAAAACCAACAUUAAGUACUACUAACAAUCAGGUAAGUUUCUAUAAAACAUUUUAUUUAUAUUGA